GUGCUGGUGAUGUAUGUUUAACUCCAGAAUGUGUCAUGCUCUCUGGGUCUGUGCUCAACAGCAUGGAUUCUACAGCAGAUCCCUGUGUUAAUUUUUACGAUUAUGCAUGUGGAGGAUGGGUGAACAAGAAUCCCAUUCCUGAAGGCAAGCCAAUAUGGGGCACUCUCAAUAAACUGGCCUCAGACAACCAAGUAAUCAUGCAUAAUGUUCUGGAGUCAACUGAAAAAUCUGAGAGCAAGGCAGAAGAGAAGGCUCGAGUGUUUUAUCGCUCAUGUAUGGAUGCCAAUAAAACCAUUGAGAAACUUGGUGGAAAACCAGUUCUGCAGCUCAUUGAGAAAAUGGGUGGCUGGUCUAUUACAGGAAACUGGUCUAUCAGUGAAUUUAACUUAGAAGAGGAUGUCAUCAAAAGUAAAGUUAAAUUUAUGUCAGGUGCAUUGUUUUCCUGGGGAGUGGCAGAAGAUGACAAAAAUUCUUCAAGUCACAUUUUACAGUUUGAUCAAGGUGGUUUAACUCUCCCGGCUCGCAACUACUACCUCAACGAAUCUGAAAAAGAUGUUGUUGAUGCUUACAUUGAGUAUAUAACAAAGGUUGGUGUGCUACUGGGAGGGGAAGAAGAGGCCACCAGACAGGCAGCAACUGGCAUCUUGAAAGUUGAACAUCAGUUGGCUACUAUCACAACUCCUGAUGAUGAGCGCAGAGAUGAUGAUAAGUUGUACCACAUCAUGUCUAUAGAUGAGCUCAAUGCCAUUGCACCAUUUAUGGACUGGGGAACUUUUAUUAAUUCUGCAUUUACUAAAGUCAAUAAACACUUAAGUGGAUCAGAACAUGUAGUUGUAUAUGCCCCAGAAUUUUUGAAGAGUCUUGGAAAGAUCCUUCAAAACACGACCACACCAGAUGGAAUUUUAAACCUCCACAACUACCUGGUGUGGCAGGUUGUUCGUAACUAUGUUGGCUUCUUAUCUCAAGAGUUCCGAGAAGCUGCUAAAGUACUUGAAAAGGCACAGAUGGGAGUAGUUGGUACCGAGGAGACCUGGAGAGAGUGUGUUGUGGCAACAGAUGCAGCUCUGGGGCCUGCUGUUGGUGCCAUGUAUAUUCGUGAAGCUUUCCAUACCGAGUCAAAGGAGAUGGCUGAAGAGAUGAUUAAGAGAGUUCGAAAAACUUUCAAAGAAAAUUUGGAGUCUGUUCACUGGAUGGAUAAAAAAACACUGAAAGCUGCCAUUGAUAAAGCUUCCUCUAUAUCUGAAAUGAUUGGAUUCCCUGACUAUAUUCUCAGUCCAGUGGAACUGGACGCAAAGUUUGCUGAUCUAAAAGUAAAAGAAAAUGAAUUCUUCCAAAAUAAUGUCCGUGUCAACAACUUCAAUGUUCAAGAGAAUUUGGCUCGUUUGUUCAAGCCCGUGAACAAGACUCGAUGGGACAUGUCUCCUCCGACAGUGAAUGCGUAUUAUUCUCCAACGAGAAAUAACAUUGUAUUCCCAGCGGGUAUACUUCAAGCUCCAUUCUUCCACAAAGAUAAUCCCAAGUCACUCAACUAUGGUGCUGUGGGCGUAGUGAUGGGACAUGAGCUAGCACAUGCCUUUGACGAUCAAGGUUGGUGAUAAGCUUAUUCAGUCAGCAUUACCUUAAAUCUUGACAAAAGUGUAAUAUUG